GGGCAGAAGACUGAGGCAGAGGGUUACUAUCGAAGAGCCAUUCAGCUGGACCCUUCCAAAGGAAACUGCUACAUGCAUUAUGGCCAGUUUCUGCUGGAGCAGUCUCGUCUGGCGGAGGCAGCAGAGAUGGCAGAGAGAGCUGCAGAUCUGGACAGCUCAGAGUUUGAUGUGGUCUUCAGUGCCGCUCACAUGCUCAGACAGGCCAGUCUAAACAAGGCAGCAGAGCGGCAUUAUGAGCGCGCGGCAAACCUCAGACCAGACUACCCGGCGGCCUUGAUGAAUCUGGGCGCCAUCCUCCACCUGAAUGGGCGGCUGCCUGAGGCAGAGACCAACUACCUGCGGGCGCUGCAGCUCAAGCCUGAUGACGUCAUCACCCAGUCCAACCUGCGCAAGUUGUGGAACAUCAUGGAGAGGCAGGGUCUGAGGACCACGCAGGGGCCUUGAACCCUCAAAGACACAGGAAAUUGCCCCAAGUGAGGUCCCCUUAAUAGGAGUGAAGGACCUAAAAAGAGGCGGGAAACCCCAGGAAUGGAGCAAAUAGAGAUCAGGGGAUUGGUGUGCCUCAGGGAUGAAUACCGAGGCCAACCCAAUCUGUUUGAGAUCAGUAGUCUCAUUGGAACGGUAGUAAGGGAAGGCCUGAGGGUUUCUUGGGCCGAUAUGACGACCUGAGCUGGGUCGAAGGACAGUCGAGUCACAUCAGGAUGGGAGAGGUUAGCUACACAAGUCAACACAGCAAGGAUGAGAACCCUUGGCUACUCAGAGGCAGUCUUACUGAGGUCACAAGGCAAGGACUGGGAUAGUCCUCAUUAGACAACAAAAAAACAUUCCUAAGACGAAAGCUGAGGGGUUACGUGAUGACUCGUAUCUCUGGGCCCAUUUUUAUUUAUUUACUUUAAUUUAAAAUUCUCCCUCCGAGACCUGUAUGUAUUCCAAAAUAACUUAAUUUGAGUUAGGAUGUGACUACGGAACAGAAGUCAUAAUUCUACUCCAUUUGAUGAUAUCAUGAGGGCUUUGGGGGCCAAACAUUGUACAUGCUGUUGAUGCACGAUAAACAAGUUGGCCUGAAUAUUUGCGUUACAUACAGUAUAGUACGGUCUGGGUUUAAUGCUGAUUGCACAUAAAGUUUCCCUGCGCUUAUCAUGACAGUGAUAAAUUCAAGAAAAAUUUCCAGUCAAAACCAUAGAGUCCAAUAAGUCAAAACUACAAAUUAUUCCAUCAAGGAUGCCAACAUAUCCAAGGCACAACAUUUAUUCACGCCCAACAGUAGGUAUUUUUAGACUGUGCUAAAGGUGUACAUUGUCUUAUGUAUCAGGAUAUCCAGCAGACAAGUUCUUCCUGAUGCAUGUUAUCUAUUUUAAUGUAAUAUAAUUAAGAGGUUUUAUUUCAUUUCAUCAGAAGAUGGAGUUCUUAAGCAAUUUGUCCCUGCUCAGGGAUAUCAGGUGGUGUGCUACUGUCAACCAGGCUCUGCUAGCAGUGAAAGAGUUUACUAAUUGAUGGUAAGAGUUCUUUUUUUUAAAAGAUGGUUGUGUUUGUUUAAAAGAUGGGGGAUUUGUAGAUUUUUGUCCUGUUCAUUAUUAUAUAAUUCAUGUUAAUUAUGUUCCCUGUAUUCCAUAAUAAAAAAACACCUUCGGA